GUCAUAGUGCAGUGUGGAGGCAGUGUUGCGUGUUUUAUGGAGUCGGGAUGAGGCGGGUUUCCGUGCGGUUGGAGGCUGUAGGUCGACGGUGUGGUCUUGGUCGGGGCUGCGGAUCUGGACCUGGAUCAGGCUUUUUGUGCGAUGUGGAUUUUACAUGUGCUCCGUGGCUCUAGUUGAACAACAGCUAGCUGUUGGUCCUUAUACAGAGAAUGUGUGUGUGUGUGUGUGUGUGUGUGUGUGUGUGCGUGCGUGCGUGCGUGCGCGUGUGUGUUUUGUAUCUUGCCUAUGUCGCUGCAGUGCGCAGUGUGAUUGCGUGUGUUUCCUUAGACACAUUAACAGGAUGAAGGACGGCUGUUUGUAGCCUAUAGGACAGUUAUUGUAAACUACUGCCCACAAUCUCCUCCUGGAUUUCACUCAGUAAAUAGUUCAGAUCCUUCCAUUGGAUAAUUUCUGCAGUCAUGAAUAUGUUUCUUUAACCUUUCAACUGAUACUGAUGGAGGCCCUGCUCAAUGACAGGCUGUGGCGGGAGGACUUUUGGCUUCCUGCUGGAACCCACUGGGAGGACAUUGAGACGGAUGACGAUGAGGGCCGCUUUCCUCUGCCCAGGGACCUCAUCUACACUCUACCGCUGGCCUUUGCCUUCAUAGCCUUCAGAUAUGUCUUUGAGAGACUCAUUGCUGUUCCAUUGAGCAAAUAUUUAGGUGUGAAGGACCGGGUCCGGAUUCUUGCCCCUUCUAUACCAAAGCUGGAGGCCUUCUACAAGCAAAACCGUCGGCUGCCAUCACAAACUGAGGUGUUGAGCUUAGUGAAGCAGUGUGGACUCUCCCAAAGAAAGAUCCACGCCUGGUUCAGAUACAGGAGGAACCAGGAUCGACCCAGCAACACCAAAAAGUUUUGUGAGGCAUCAUGGCGGUUUGUCUUCUACACUGUAGCGUUUACCGCAGGGAUUGGUUCUUUAAUCAAUACUCCGUGGUUUUGGGAUCACAGGGAGUGUUGGACAGGUUAUCCCAAACAGCCCGUGGCUGAGUCUCAUUACUGGUAUUACAUCUUGGAGUUGACCUUCUAUUUGUCACUGCUCCUGUGUGUUUCUGUAGACAUCAAGCGAAAAGACUUCAAGGAGCAGGUCAUUCAUCACAUUGCCACCAUAUUCCUCAUUGGUUUCUCCUACUGUGGCAACUAUGUGAGGGUUGGGACACUGGUGAUGCUGGUGCAUGACUCCUCUGACUUCCUUCUCGAGUCUGCUAAAAUGUUCCACUAUGCUGGCUGGAGGAGGACAUGUGACACGCUGUUUGUCAUCUUCUCUGUGGUAUUUCUGGUCACGAGGCUAGUUGUAUUUCCUGGCAGAGUCAUCUACACAACGCUUGUAGUGUCUUUAGAGUUCUUCGAGCCUUUCAACGGUUACUAUUUCUUCAAUGCUUUGCUGUUCGUUCUGCAAGCGCUGCACAUCUUCUGGGCUUAUCUCAUCCUGCGCAUGGUCUACAAGUUUGUAUUCAUGGGCAAGGUGGAGCGUGAUGAGCGCAGUGACGAGGAGAGUGAAGUGGACGAGGAGGAAGACGAUGAACUUGAGGGUGAUGGAGAUGAGAGCAACUGGGAGCAAAGGAAGGGCUCCAUCAACUCCAAACUAGCAUCGUUGGCAAACAACUGUGUGCUGAACAACUUGACCAACCAGAGGAAUAUCAACAGCAGACUGCCCAAAGCAAGAUAGUGAAGUAGCCUCCAACCACCCCCCACCAACCAACCACUAACCACCAUCCAACCACCUACCACCACCCCUAAUCACUACCCAACCCUUAACCCACACCUGCACUAGAUGUGUUUCCUGAGAUUUAAUAUCCACAUAUGGCCUUUGUUUGUACAUCCCUCAUGGUCCACAGAUGAUUUCAGAUCAGGGUAGGUCUGCAUCCAUUUACUUGUUUUUAUUUCUUUUACCAUUGAUUGGAGAGCAAAGAAGCAGAGUUGGUUUUAAAUCUGGACACUCAACAUUAGAAAAAAGCAAAAGAAGAAGACAGUGACCUUUCCUUUCCAUCAUUCACUGUUAUUUUGCAUAUUUUUUUGUAUUUUAAGCAGUUUCUUCUUGUAGUAAAGGGAAAUGUGUAAAUAUGUGAGGAUACUCUGCUAUAACGCUUUUAUCCUUUUUCCACAAAACAGACAAAAACUUUUUUAUUUAAAAAAAAAAAAAAAUCCGUCUCUUUAAGAUGUGUUUUAUGAUAUUAAAUUUAGGAAGAUGUGCUGCUCUUUCCUGCAGCUUUGUGUCCACAUGCAAAGCACAGUUGAUUGUACAUAGACUUUAAAACAUUGAUUGUAGUAACUGUUAAUAAACCACUUUAUAGACUUUAGAUUUUUAUGAAUUGUUUACUUUAAGAGUAAUGUUGCUGUAGUCUGUGAAUACAAGCUACUACAGAAAACCCUGAGUAAUGACGAGUUAUAGUUCUACUGUCGUUUUGUUUUUACUUCACAUUUUAGAAGAGAUACAGCGCCCCCUGGUGCACGAAGAAUAAAUAUCAUGACAGAAAAACUGCUCCCUGUUUCUGAUCAAAAGAUGCCUUUGAAAAAGAUGUAUUGCACCUAAAAUAUGGACUCCAGCCACACAUAUGUAUGUUUGUUACUUACUGUGUGUCCAUAAUACUUCCAUGAGGGUUUUUUUUUUUUUUUUCAUCAGAAUUAAUUUACAAGAUUUUUUGUUUUUGUGCCUUGGCUGCUGUUUCAAGACUAAUCAAUCACAAGCACUUGAUAUGAAGCCCUUUGUGCUUGUACAUUCAUCUUUUUGCAAACACUUUGGUCCAGGCCUUAUUGUGACUUUUUUAUUUUGCUCAAACUUUUGAGGUAUUGCCUGGGUUAGGUCUGUGUUUCAGAUGCCAGAACACAUUAUGAAACAUGAGUGAAGGAAAAAAUUUAACGAUUGAAUUGAAUGAAUGUGCAUGGCUUAUUUUACAGGACUAAACUAGAACACCGCAGGGAAUGAGUGAAACACUUGCCAUUUUUAAGUGUAUUUUUUACACAUUACUGAAAAUGAAAAUAUGUGUCUAAUUCUGUUGUGACUUCAGUUGGGUUAUCAUGGAUUUGUAGAUUUUAACAAAGUACAAUCACACACAAUAGUUCACCACUAAAUGAUUUAAUAUGUCCUCAUCCAGUAAUGUUUACUGGUGUUUAUGCUGGGAGAACUGUGAUAGGAGUGUAAACAGGGUUUGUGUUGAGGGUUCAAGUGUACAGUAUUUAAAGAAUAAUGUAAAGCAAGUUACGUUGAGCACUUAAAGGGCUGAUCCACAGGAAACCACAAUUAUGACCCCCGCUAGAAUAUAUAUUUUUUAUUAUUAUUGAAUACAAAGAUAAAACUACAUGACUGUUUAAUAAGAGUGACUUCAGGUCUUUGUGGAAGCAACAUGGGACUGUUUUAUUAAAAGUGCACAUUGAUGCUUUUGUGAUUGUGUAGCCAGUUUGAAUAAAUUUGCUUUUACUGAG